CGGGGCGGGGCCGCUCGGCCUUCCGGAAGCGCGCGCGGGCGGCGGCCGGGCGGCUGGUGAGAUGGAGCGGGGCGCCCACCGGGCCCUUAAGUGUGCCCAGCCUCGAGCCCGGCCGCCGCCACGGGGGGCGCGGCCGCCCGUGAGCUUCGAGGAGGAGCUUUACGACUGCCUCGACUACUACUACCUGCGCGACUUCCCGGCGUGCGGGGCCGGCCGCAGCAAGGGCCGGACGCGGCGCGAGCAGGCACUGCGCACCAACCGGCCAGUGCCCGGCGGCCACGAGCGCAAGGUCGCGCAGAAGCUCCUCAACGGCCAGCGCAAGCGGCGCCAGCGCCAGCUCCAGCCCCGGCCGCGCACUCGCCUCGGCUGAGCGCCGGUGCGUGCGGGCCGCCGCCGGCCAGGCCCCGGCCGCGCGUGAGGCUGGAUCUGGGCACAGUCGGCCCUUCUGAGGCUGCCCCCAUCAGCACCCGACACCCCAUGUCAUCUACAGACUGCAGCUGGAAUGGUGUAAAACUACGAAGGGGCUAGGAAAGGAAGAAGACAUCUUUUAAAAAAUACAAGAUACCAGAAGGACCUGAUAAAAGUAUUUUCUCUGACUCCAACUGUAACUGUGCUCCUAAGGGGGAGAGAGCCAUGUUGGUCAACAGAACUUUUCCACAUCGCUUGAUUUUACUGCUUCAAUAGCUUUUCCUUGUUGAUUGUUAAUUAACGUCCAAGUGGGUAUGCCUUUUUAGGGUUUUUAAUUAAAAGACAGCAGCAAGAAUGGCAUUUUAA